AUGCCGCCGAAGCGCGCGUGCCGCCUCGCGCUGCUCGCCGCCGGCGGCGCGUACCUCCUCUUCCUGCUCCUCUUCGAGCUCCCCUCCGUCACGAUCUCCCCCGCCGGUGGUACCGCGUCGUCGUCGGCGGCGGCCACCACCCACCGCCCGCGCCGCCGCGAGCUCGAGGCGGCCGCGGCGUCGGGGCACGGGUACGCCUCCUCGCCUUUCCGCCCGCUCAAGAGCGCCUUCCCUACCCCGCCCCGCCGUUCGCCGCUCGCUAUCUCCUCUGUUCGCUUCCGCCGAAGCAACUCCUCCUCGUCGUCGUCCAUCGACGCUUCCGCCUCGUCCGCCUUCGCCGCCGCGCGCCCCCACCUACACCACCUCCUCUCCCCUUCCCCUUCCCCGUCGUCCUCCCCCUCUCCCUCUCCGUCCGCGUCCACCUCAUGCCCCUCGACGAUAUCGGUGCCUACACAGAGGUUUACCAGCAGAGGCGGUGGAGUGAUGGUAGAGUUGCCGUGUGGGAUGGGGGUGGGAUCGCACGUCAAGGUGGUGGCCCGGCUGCGGCCCGCGCGGCCGGAGCGUGAGCCGAGGAUCGCGGAGAGGAGGGAAGGGGAGACGGCGGUGAUGGUGUCGCAGUUCAUGGUCGAGCUGCUCGGGACCAAGGCGGUGCAGGGGGAGGAGCCGCCGCGGAUACUGCACUUCAACCCCAGAAUCCGUGGCGAUUUCAGCGGCCGCCCCGUGAUCGAGCUCAACACCUGCUACCGGAUGCAGUGGGCGCAGCCGCAGCGGUGCGAGGGCUGGGCGUCGCGGCCAGACGAGGAGACGGUUGACGGGCAAGUGAAGUGUGAGAAAUGGAUUCGGGAUGGUGACAGCGAGGCAGAGGAAUCGAAUGCGAAAUGGUGGUUAAACCGUUUGGUUGGUAGGGGAAAUAAGAUGCCUGCCGAUAGGCCAUACCCGUUUGAGGAGGGCAGGCUGUUUGCUUUAACUGUAACAGCUGGUUUGGAUGGCUACCAUCUCAAUGUUGAUGGAAGACAUGUUGCAUCGUUCCCUUACCGCACUGGUUACAGUCUUGAGGAUGCAACAGGCUUGUCUUUGAAAGGAGACCUUGAUAUUGAAUCGAUUUUUGCGGGCCAUUUACCCACUUCGCAUCCUAGUUUUGCUCCACACAGAUACCUGGAAAUGUCUGAACAGUGGAAGGCAUCACCGUUGCCAACUGAACCUGUUGAGCUUUUCAUUGGCAUCCUUUCUGCAGCCAAUCAUUUCGCUGAGCGUAUGGCUGUUCGGAAGUCAUGGAUGAUUGACACAAGAAAAUCAUCUAAUGUCGUUGCCCGGUUCUUUGUAGCUCUGAAUGCGAAAAAAGAGGUCAAUGAAGAGCUGAAAAAGGAGGCAGAAUUCUUUAAUGACAUUGUUGUAGUGCCUUUCAUGGAUAGCUAUGACCUUGUUGUUUUGAAGACCAUAGCCAUUACUGAGUAUGGGGUGCGAGUUGUUCCUGCAAAAUACAUAAUGAAGUGUGAUGACGAUACAUACCUUAGAAUUGAUUCAGUGCUGGAUCAAGUGAAGAAAGUACAGAGGGAUGGAAGCAUGUAUGUUGGUAAUAUAAACUACUACCACAGACCACUACGAUCUGGAAAGUGGUCUGUCUCAUAUGAGGAUUGGCAAGAGGAAGUAUACCCACCUUACGCUAAUGGGCCAGGCUAUGUAAUUUCGUCGGACAUUGCUCGGUACAUUGUAUCUGAGUUUGAUAAUCAGACGCUAAGACUGUUCAAGAUGGAGGACGUGAGUAUGGGAAUGUGGGUUGAGAAGUUCAACAACACCCGUCAGCCAGUGGAGUAUUCGCAUGAUGUCAAGUUCUUCCAGUCCGGUUGUUUUGAUGGCUACUACACCGCACACUAUCAGUCCCCACAGCAGAUGAUUUGCUUGUGGAGAAAAUUGCAAUCCGGGAGCGCUCAAUGUUGCAACAUGAGGUAGUAAAAUUGACCCCAACACAAUGCUCUAUAUGCGGAGGGGAUACGGUAAUUAUGGACGCUGACAAGAACAGCUGUGUGUUUGGAGGAUCAGCAUUCUGUAUACCUUGUGGCUUGUGCAAUUCGUUCAUUCUUUUGGUCAGUGGCCUAUUCAGCUACUGAUGCUAACCACAUGUUCCUUGCAGUAUUUGUUAAUGUACAUGUGUCAAUUAUUCUUGACAUAGGAAGUUGAGAUCUUGAUGAUGUCCAUGUAUUAGUUGUGUACCGGCAGUUAAUAUAUGUAUAUAAUAUAUCCUGACUCGUCAUUUUGUUGGUCCUCAGAACCUGUGGCGAGGCACGAAAAAUUCUGCAUUGGUGGAAGCUGAUUCGUUCUUCGUAUCUUUACUGCCAUGCUAUAAUAAAAUCAUCCGAAGUAUGUAUUAUUU